AUGUCUGGCAAAAAGAAAGAGAUUACUCUUCGAUCACAAGAGCAAAAACGUAAAACCGUAUUUAAAGCAGUAUUAAAUUCUCCCUAUACUGUAAAAUGGUCAGUUAAUAAUAUUUUAUGUUUUUUACUCGACCAAAAUUCAUUUAUAUGUCAACUGUUUAGGCCUGAAGUUUCUUUGGAAGAUCAACAACUUAUACUGGAAGAGCUCUGCGAAUUAAACCGUCGUAAAGGUGUAACAAUUGAUGAUGAAACAGCAACAUCUAGCAAAUCGAUUUCCUUACCACCUCCUCCACCGAUCUUAUCACGCAUCGUAAUUGGAAUUAACGAUGUAACAAGACACCUUGAACAAUCUAUUAAUCCUAACAUUAAACGCAAAUAUGUGCAAGGGUUUUCAGAUCCAUUAAUCUCAACAAAUCCUAAUAAUCAACUUACGAAUCCUUCGCCCAUUGUAAUACAAAAUGAACAUUUAACAUCUUUACGAAUGAUUUUUGUUUGUAAAGCUGACAUAUUGCCACCUCAUUUAUGUGCGCAUCUGCCAAUCAUGUCUUCCAUAGCUAGAGAUGUAUUACUUGUUCCAUUACCCUCGGGAGCUGAGGAAUUGAUUAGUAACAAACUUGGCAUAAAGAGAACGUCGUGUAUUGGUGUAAAGAUAAAAACGCCUGAAUUUGAUGUAAUCUAUAAAUUGGCCAAGGACAAAGUAGGUCCUGUUAACGCUCCAUGGUUGAUCCCGUUCAAAUCAGAAUUUUCAAAAAAGCGAAAAGGUAUUGAGGAAGAUGAAAUUAUACCAUCAGCUAGUGUAGUUGAUGAUUUUAUGAAGACAGCUUGUAAUGAAUAUGCGCCAACUCAAAUUAAACAACUUAUAACAUCCGCCCCAGUAAAGUCCAAGAUGAAGCAAAAAAAAAUAAAGGGACAAACAAAAGCUACUGAAAUAAAAAAAACUUGA